AGCAAGCGGUUGGUCUACAACAAGAUGGCGCCGCUGCAGCGGACGGAUUAUGAAAGCCCGACUUUCCUCCUAGUUCCCGCGAGAGACCGUCGCUUCCUGAUGACGUCAGCAGUCUGUAGAAGCUUCGUUUUGCGGUAGAGGCUGCUGUGGUUGUUGUUAUUCUCCGGUGGGGUCGGUGCGGAUCGCUGUUCGGACAUGGCGCAGUACAAGGGGGCGGCCAGCGAGGCCGGGAGAGCCAUGCAGCUCAUGAAGAAACGCGAGAAGCAGCGGGAACAGCUGGAGCAGCUGAAACAGAAGAUAGCCGAGGAGAAUGUGGUUAAAGCCAAUAUUAACAAGAAGUUCUCUGCCCAUUAUGACGCCGUGGAGGCCGAGCUGAAGUCCAGCACCGUGGGUUUGGUCACCCUGAAUGAUAUGAAAGCCAAACAGGAGGCGCUGGUGAAGGAGCGCGAGAAGCAGCUGGCCAAGAAGGAGCAGUUCAAGGAUCUCCAGCUGAAACUAGAGAAACAGAGGGAACGGGAGAGGAAAAAAGAACAGAAGAGGAAAAUAGCCAGCUUGUCCUUUAACAUUGACGACGAUGAGGAAGACGAUGACGACGACGACGAGGAGGAGGAAGAAGAGGAGGAAGAGGACGAAGAUGAUAUGGAGGAAGUUGAGCUUGAAAAGAUAGAGCUGCCCAAGAAGAAAAAGAAGCUGGGGAAGAACCCUGAUGUGGACACAAGUUUCCUACCAGAUAGGGAUCGAGAGGAAGAAGAGAACCGUCUCAGAGAAGAGUUAAGACAGGAGUGGGAGCGCAAGCAAGAAAAGAUCAAGAGUGAGGAAAUAGAGAUAACAUUCAGCUACUGGGACGGCUCUGGACACCGCAGAACAGUCAAGAUGAAGAAAGGGAAUACCAUCCAGCAGUUCCUACAGAAAGCCCUGGAGAUCCUGCGUAAGGACUUCAGCGAGCUCAGGUCGGCCGGUGUGGAGCAGCUCAUGUACAUUAAAGAAGAUCUUAUCAUCCCGCAUCAUCACAGCUUUUACGAUUUUAUUGUGACGAAAGCAAGAGGCAAAAGUGGGCCCCUGUUUAACUUCGACGUGCACGAAGAUGUCCGCCUGCUGAGCGAUGCCACUGUGGAGAAGGACGAGUCUCACGCUGGGAAAGUCGUUCUCCGUAGCUGGUAUGAGAAAAACAAACACAUCUUUCCGGCGAGCAGGUGGGAGCCCUAUGACCCGGAGAAGAAGUGGGACAAGUACACGAUCCGGUGAUCACACACACAGAGACCCCCAUCCUGCAUCUAAGAAGCAUCCUGAUGGGACAGACGUGAUGUUUUAUGUUCUUAUGGGAUCAUGUAUAUAUUGUUGUAUUUACUGUGGUGUUAUUUUUUACUAUGUUUUGGACGCAGAAUAAAUACAUUGCUGUGUUCUC